GCGCCACCCGCCCGCGCGAACCUGCUCUCUCUCUCUCUCUCUCUGUCUCUCUCCGUCUCCGUAUCCGUAUGUAUGAUUCACCACUACAGCCAUGAAUUCGAGCUCUUCAAAUUCUCAAUCCAUGGCUACCUCAACAACAACUGAUGGAAAGAAAGUACGGAAGCCCUACACAAUAACUAAGUCCAGAGAGAGCUGGACCGAAGAAGAGCACGACAAGUUCAUCGAAGCUCUCCAACUGUUUGACCGUGACUGGAAGAAAAUUGAGGAUUUUGUUGGUUCAAAAACAGUUAUUCAGAUUCGUAGUCAUGCCCAAAAAUACUUUCUGAAGGUCCAAAAGAAUGGAACAACAGCACAUGUGCCACCACCUCGUCCAAAACGCAAAGCUGUUCAUCCUUACCCUCAAAAGGCCCCCAAAAAUGUUUUGGUGCCAUUGCAAGCCUCCAUGGCUUUUCCUUCUUCCUUGAAUUAUCUUGCACCUGGAUAUUCUCCAUGGGAUGAUGCUUCCAUGUUUAUAAACACUCCACCAAGUGGAAUCAUGCCUUCCCAAGGCGAAUACAGUCUUCAUGGAGUUGAAGCUGAUAUUGGAUCGAAGGGGGCAGCAAAGAUUAGUAACAGCAGUAUUAGUGGAAUUGGAAGCUCAUGCAGAACAUUACCAAGUUCUGAGUUACUAUCAGAAGGGAAACAGUGUUCCAUGCUUCAUGGUAUACCAGAUUUUUCUGAAGUCUAUAGCUUCAUUGGGAGCGUCUUCGAUCCAGACACUAAAGGCCAUAUGCAGAAGCUUAAGGAGAUGGAUCCCAUUAAUUUUGAAACAGUUUUAUUGUUAAUGGGAAAUCUCACGAUCAACUUGUCUAGUCCUGAUUUUGAGCCAAUGAGAAACGUUAUGUCAUCGUACAAUAUCACCAACAAAACUGUGGGAGGUGCUUCAGGAAAUGUUGCCAAGAAUCAGAACAACGAUCUAACAUGUUGAAUUUUGGGACUGCACUAAUAUUUAUGUACAUUUUAGGAUAGAAUCGUGACAGUUCACCCAUGCUGUGCAAGUAUAUAACUUGAAGGAUAUAACGAGGCGGCCACAUCAAGGAGUACCUGAACUUUCCCUCUUUUACAUGCCUUUAAGGAUCUAUAUGUCCAGAGGCUCAAUGGAAUUGUUGCUGUUUCUUCUAGUGAUUUUGGUUUUCUAGCAGAUGAUAAGUUUAUCUGUUCGCUUCUUGAAUUUGUUUUUCGGUAAUUUUUUCUUUUUUUAACGAAUCGCUAUUUUAAAUUGUAUGCCAUAUAUUCUGCCAAGGUAGUGUAGCUAUCUGAAUAACGAGGGCAGAUAGACUCACGCCACUGCGAGUAAUGUGCAUUCCUAAUGUUGUUCAGUAAUGUGGGUUGUGUUGUACAAAAAGUCGGUUCCUUUUGCUUUGUUUUGUUACUACAAACCGUAUGGAUAGAUAUCUGACCACGCCCUUGUGUGCUGUUUGGCUGUGGAAAUCUUCCUCAAUGCACACACAACAGGCUUGAAUGAGCUCUGGUCAUCACUCCUCUUCUUCAAGAAGAAGGUAUUGGGCCCAAGAUAUUUUAACUUAGCCCAAAAGGUAACAAAUUUUCUAGAAAAAUUUGGAGGUCAAUCCUCUUAUAUGG